GUCCCACCUAACGCUAGCCCCUGAAGACGAGCUGAGGCUAGGUAGAUGCUGCUGCUUCAUCACCAGUAUCGACAAUAAUAUUUGCUUGUCGGUUUGGUCUGCUGUUUUUUUUCCUUCUCUCUUUUAGCCCUUCCCUCCUCCUGCCUUCUCUCUGUGACCAUCCUUCCGUUUUGCGGUGUUUCGCCUUUUGUUUUCUACCCGUCUCCUCGUCACUUUCCUUCUUGCCACUCCAGCCGUUGGCUACUACCUGCUUUCAUUUUUCGUUUUAUAAUUUUUCCCACCCCAGGGGUCCAUCCUCCACUUCCACGCAUCUCGCCCUCUCGUUCGAUCGUGUACCCCUUCGCAUGUUUCCAUUGGACCCUUUCGAGCGACACCCGGCCCGUCCAAUUCGGUACGCUCGCACGUCUGGACCCAACGUUUCUUUCUCCACCCGAGUGCAACAGGACCGAGUUUCGUUUUCUCUUGUGAACGCGGGUCCCCAGCCAAUUUGAUUCCAUCGGCUGGCUUCGAGGUCUCAAACGGACGUCUCCAACACCGACUCUGCGCAUAACCACACACAAACACAAGGCUGCUUCUCAAGCACGCCCCGGAGCAGACACCGUGCUGCUGUCUCCUCGACGAACGCGUGUGCCCUCACCGCCGGCCUGCCCUCGCAUAGACCGCUCAGAGACACCAUGCCCAGUAUAUUCUCCCGCCUCAAGGGCAAGGAUGGCCCCACGAAGUUCAAGAACAAGAAGGGCGGCGGCCUCGACCACCUAAAGGAUCAGGCCCCUGCCAAGCCGCGGUGGGAAGAUGCCUUCACGAGGCCAACCGUCGAGCCGGAGGAGAUCGAGGAGUUGGUCCGGCGCUGCACUGUCGAGCUCAAGGCUAGAGGUCUUGACCUCCCCUUUCUUCUUCUCCCCUUCCGCCCGACGUCUGAUCCCAGCGGCGUGCGGACCUUUAUCCGCCAUUUCUUCGACCCCAGCUCCAACCUGCGGGGUGAGAUGCUAACCCAGGAGUUGCGCAUGAUCAAGCCAAUGGUCAUAUCCGGGGUUAUCAAGUGGUGCUGGGCUAGAUUGCAGGGCGGUUUGGUCGGCUGGGACGCCUACGAGUUGUUCAAGGUCGGAGAGCAAGGUCGGUGAAAGCGUUCACCCCCAAAUUAUCUGCGUGCGCCCGAGUGGUGGCUUUUGUGGCGCCUGCCGCUGACCGUUUUGCCCCUUCAGAUUCCGGCAUGGCCCGGGACUCGUUCAAGACCUUCAUUCCACUGAGCAUCGAUAACGACGCGCGCACCUCGAUUGUAUUCGAUUUCUUCGAUCUCCUUUCAGCCGUCGCCGCCCACGGAAGGGCCAAUGGCUUCGGCGGCCGCAAGCUGUCGCGCAUGGCCUCGUGGUGGGCCUUUGAGCACAAGGAUACCGGCAACGGCUUCGAUGGCAGUUACAAGGCGUGGCUCAAGGCCGCCGACGCUACCAGUCACCUCUUUUUUGCCUAUCUCAGAACUUUGAGCCCCCAGCGUGUCCGCGCUGGCAUCUCUGCGCUGCCCACUUCGCUGCAGACGCUCGUCCAGGAGACCGAAUACCCACCUGAGCGGCCAUCGCUCAUGAUGUCAUCGACUUACAAAGUUGUCAUGUUCGUCGAGACGGUAUCGCCCACGCCCUUCGCCCUACUUCGCCGAGGCAACCACUUCCAAUACCGCGAAGACGACCGUAUGCUCCGCGAGUUUUCGGAAUACGACGAUCCGAUCCAGGCCCUGACGGAGGAAUGCCGCAGAGUCCUUAAGUCUGUCUCUGCGGCCAACCAGACCCAGGCCGUCUCUAGCUCCAAGCACUCGACCGGCCUACGCGACGCAUCCUGGUCCCGAUUCGAAGAUAUUGGCUUUGCCGCGACACUUGACGAGGAGGACGAGGACGAGGAUUCUGCUGCUCACAGACAUCAGGCCCCGGGACUGAGGUCUACCCCAGCCUCGGGCGCCGGCCUGGCCAGGCCUACUACCCCAUCCUGGGCAGACUUUCUCUCUGCUGGUUUUGUGGACGACGGCCCGAACAGCCCAUCGAACCUACUGCUUCCCCCGGACAAAGUGCUCCCGCCAAUUGACACGACAGUGCGCCAACGCAGCGCGCAGUCCCACAGGCCCAGGCUGGAGACGGAGCGCCACCUGGAGCCAGGAGAGUUGGCAAGCAUAUCACGCUUCGAGCUCGAUGAUUCGUUCUGGUGGGUCUGGAUGACCAGCUUGGCCCCCGAGGAGACCUCAGAGCGCAAGUCCUCGUUCGGCCGCUGCGCUGUAAUCGAGACGUCGCUGCGCAGCGGCCGUUGGCUAGUAAUGGAGGAGAUGGUCAAAGGUGCUGUAUCGGAGCCUGACGCGGGAGCGUACAUUGCCGAGAAGAAAGGCUUCUUCAGUUGGACUCGCCGCAACAAGGGAGGCCUUUCCCGGAGUAAAUCAACCGGGAAACAUGCGCUAAAUAAGGGAGAUCAUGGCGCGACAGGUAUCGGUAUCAGCAAGGCGAGCAUCGGACCAGACCAGCAGGCCAAAAUUCAAGCCGCCGCGCAGCAGCUCCAGGCCAGGCAGCUCCAGGAGAGACAGACGGCUAACAUGGGCUCGCCCACCCGUCGGGGACGCACCGACCAUGAGCUGAUGGCGGAGAAGACAAACAGCGUUAUGACGAUGCAGCCCAUGAUCAUGAGCGAGGCGUCGCCUGCCAUGAAGUGGGCGAACAAGUACGACAAGGAUGCCAUUAAGGAAGCGUACCUUGCCAACAACAACGCUGGACGCGGCAUGUCGGAGGCGAACCUCCACGCCAACGGCCACGCCGAGCAUGACAGGGAUGAGCGUCCUCCACCCCCCACCAAAUCCCCCUCGCUCAUGCCCCAGUCCCCAUCCUCGGCUAUUCCCCCGUCGCCUAUGCUGAGGGACCAGGACGAUAUGUCAACUCACGGGCGUGGAUCUCCCUUGCCGCCCCCGAAGGAGGAGCAGCCGAGCAUCGAGCUCGCACGUCACACUACCAUGUCCCCUGAGCCUGACCUCAGCCCGGACAGCAAGAAGCAUCAAAAGAAGCUUCACAAGGAGAAAGACAAGGCGGCGUCUGGCGGUCUGCGUAAGCUGUUCGGUCGCAAGAACAGGCGGUCCAAGCUGCCUGAUCACGCCGCGGCUGAUCUCAAUGGCAUGUUGGCCCAAGAUGGCCAGAAGAACAGCGUUGAAGUUCCGGUCCCACAGGAAUGGGCUGCACCAAAGUCGCCCGAGCCUCCGAUCUCACGGGCCGGGGCUGCCAUGUCGCCGGCUGAGCAGUGGGAUGAGGACCGCACCCCUCGUGCGCACACCCCCUCCACGCCCACCCGGCGCCCCGUUGCGCAGUCUACGCCUGUGCGACAGGAGCCGGAGCCUCAUCAUGAGGCAUCCGUCGACAGCACUUCCCCUGUUGACACGCACGACGUCGCCGAGGCCCGGGAGGAGUUCUCGCGGUUUGACCAAGGCCCGCUGGAUGCGCCGGCCUUUGUUCCCGAGUCGGACGAGGAGGAUGACGCGGCGCCACCGCCCAUCGCCCGGGAAACGUCUCGUGUUGCCGAGAAGCCCGUCCGCGCUCCUGUUAAUGUUCCCGUCUCUCCCGUCUCUCCUGUGCCCCCGGCUCUAGAUCGAUGGGCGCAGAUCCGCAAGAAUGCCGCCGACCGCGCCGCCCAACGCCAGAGCGAAGAGCAGAGCCAAGGUGGCUUCAGUAAGACUACCGACGGUGACGGCGACACUAGCGGGGAGGAGACUAUCGAGUCUCGUGUGGCCCGUAUCAAGGCUAGAGUCGCUGAGCUGACGGGCAACAUGGAGAACACCCCUGGUGCUCCUCCCCGUGCUCCCCAGCCCCUUCGUCGCUAAGUUCUUGGGAAACCGAGCUCCGAUGGCCAAAGUCCCAGCCCCCGACCCACCGUCCAGCCCAUCAUUCCUGGGCAACCUCGCAUUUCACCACGUUGCACAAAGCCAGAACCAUACCCGCCAUUUUCCCGUUUUAGUAUCCCAUGCCGCAAAGUUUUCCUUGCAGAUAAACCGCCUUUUUUUCCCUUGUGUUUCUCAACUUCAUGCUCUUCCGCUGUUACCGCAUUCAUAACCAGUGCGCACAGCAAGUAAGAUCUCGUCGCAUCUUCUCGUCUGACCUUUUUUUGGUGCUGCCUGCUUUUUGUCUCUUUUUCCUAUCUGGAGCGUUUACUAUUUCCUUUGUCUUUUUAUUUCAAUACCCACGCGCAAGCACGACCUGCAUAUCGUCAAAUACCCAACCACCCUAUCUCCUAAUCCGAGGAACUCGGGCCGCUCAGGUGGGAUUCUCGAACCCGAAUUGCCUGAGGGCCCUUGUGCCUACAUACCUACCUCUAUCGUCUUCUCUAAUCAUCUUGGAAAACACGCGGGUGACGGCUGGAGGGAAACCUGGCGCGGCCAAAGCCUCUUGGCCUUCCAGCAUCGUCUUGUGAUACUGGCUCGCACUUGAGCGCGCCUGGCGGAUGAAUGCGCUGGGGCUUUACGGGUCACGUUUGGGUCACAUAAAGCCGGUGAUUUUGGAGAAAAGUCAGCUACUUAGGUUAUAGCCACUUCUCCUUUUUUUUUUUCACUUCUGCGAUAUUUAGCCUGCAAACUUGCUCAAGUAAGCUCCUAUUUCGCUUCUACAAUAUCACUUCCACGUGUUGAUGCCUGUAGAUUUUGAUAUCCCUCACCGCGUCCUAGAUCGGUGACGGCGAGGACUGUUCGUGCAGCAAGUCAAGUACCAGGUCUGUUUUGUCUAGGUACUCUAGGUAGGCAAUAAGCACAAG